GCCAGAAGGUCCCUUUAUACUCUAGUCCUGAGUUAGUUGUAAUGGCGCACACCUCUGAUCUCAGUACUCCAGUACUCAGGAGGUAGCAGCAGGUACUUGGUGAGCUCCAGGCUAGCCUGGUUUGCAUAGAGUUUCAGGCCAGCCAAGGCUACACAGUGAGAUCCUGCCCCCUCAAAAACUAAAAAGAAGAAUAGCCUCUAGUCCUUACCUGUCGUUAACUAAUACUCCGCUUUAACAUGUGGGACUUUGUCCCUCGCCUUCAAGUAAAGUAGUGGAGCAGACACGACGCUGCAUGGCUGUAAUCUGGGGGAGCAGAGGCAAGAGGGUCGCAAGUUCAAGGCCUGAGCUACAUAACGAGAGACAAGAAGCGAAAAUAAAGCUAGGGAUUCAUCCCCACACUGAAGACCUGACAGGAAGUUGGCCUCUUCUAGGAGUUUGGGAGAGCCGGAAGAGCCUGAGCCUGUACUUACUUCGGAGAAAAGCAGGUCUGGUCAGGAGCUGCAAGGUCAGGGACCUCCUGUAAAUGUUCCCUCCCACCUCUGCUGGGUGUGAAAUUUGGGCUGGGGAUGUUAAGAAAGGCUUCCCAGAGUAACUACAGGAAAGGUGGGAGUCAGCCCGGCAUGGGAGGAAGGGCGGGCAGCCGAGAGCGGGAAACAGUUCAGAAAAGCACAGUGGGAGCAAAGGAAACAAAGCGGGUCCAGCGCUUCCCAGAGAGCAUCUUUGAACUUCUGGUACGACGUCCAUCUGUAAAGUUUAUUUCCCCUUUCCUGCCAACCAGUGAGCAGGUUCUGAGAAGCCUCCCGGGCCUAGCCCACAGCCUCCCGAAGGAGAGACCGGUCAACACAAGUGUGUUUGUUGUGUACCAGCUGACGCAGGUGCAGAACAUUCCUGAAAGUCUCACAGCUUAGGGAGAGGCUGGCCCAGCAAAGUGCAGGACCUGUUUGCUCAGCUCCAAGGAGAUGGGCAGGCAUCCAUGAAAAACAACAAAACCAAACAAACCCCAAAACUACUGACCCUCACAUUCCUCCUCCAUCAUAUUGCCUCCACUUUUCUGUUGUUGUUUUGGGGGAGACGUCAAGGCUUCCCACUGAGAAAGAUGGGAGGGGGGCAGGAAUGUGGGGCAGCCCCUCUCUGGGAAAGUAAACUGAAGGCUCAGAGUCACACUCCCCCCCAGCACUCCGCCUCUGGCACCCUAGAGCAGAUGGCUCCAGCCCCUGUGGUUCAUAUCCUACCUCCUAGUAGGAAACUAGAUUUAGCCAACAGCUUUCAACUCUUCUAAGAACAAGCAAGAAGGUGCCAGGGGUGUGGAGAGAGACUAGAGAAAGGGCAGGAAUAAGUGACCUGGCCACAGCGGACAGGACCCAGGGCAGCCUGUGGGGGACACAGGGAAGAUGCGGCUGCUGCUCCUCCUUGCGGUGGCCACAAGCAGAUGUCUGCAUGACGAGACCCAGAAGUCUGUGCGCCUUCUCAGGCCCCAUUUCUCCCAAAUGCCCACACGCUCCCGCUCCUCAGUCCUUCCUGGCUCCCAUGAUCCUCAACCCCUUAGAAUCCAGACCUACUAUCCAAGAGACCCUGUAUCCAAGGAAGCUUGGGAUCCUGAUGGAGACCAAAGGAGAGGGGAAUCUCGAGCCCGGGCUGCACUGAGAGAGACCACCCGCAGAAUUCAGGGUAUCCUAGCAGUCACCCCAGUACAAGGACCUCUGCUUCUGAGUCGGGACCCUACACAAUACUGCCGUGCCGUCUGGGGAGACCCAGAGACCCCAAACUACCACAGGUGUAGCCUCUUGAACCCUGGAUACGAAGGAGAGAGUUGCCUUGGAGUGAAGAUGCCUGAUGCCCACCUGCGUGGUUAUUCUUUGUGGCCAGAGCAUGGUCUGCCCCAACUAAUCCAACCAGAUGGCUCUGGAGUCCCAAACACUGAUUUUCUCCUGUAUGUGCGGGUUGCCCACACUUCCAAGUGUCACCAAGAGGUGAGCUUGAAUUGUGUAGGGGCUAAGAACCUUCCAGGGUAGCUAUGGGCACCACCCCAGCAGAGCUCUACAGAGCCCCGGCUUCCCUCCUUUCUACCCUACCUUCUCUUGGCCUGUGUGCAGCCCGCUGCCAUAGCUUAUGCUGCCUGCUGCCAGCUGGAUUCAGAAGACAGACCCCUCGCUGGUACCAUUGUCUACUGUGCCCAACAUCUCACCAGCUCCAGCCUCAGCCAUAGUGAUAUCGUCAUGGCCACACUGCAUGAACUGCUCCAUGCCCUGGGUUUUUCCGGACAGCUCUUCAAGAGAUGGCGGGACUGCCCCUCAGGACUCAGUGGUAACCGGAAGGAGUGGGGGAGUGGGCGGGCUCCCUGUAAUGUCAACCAGAGGGAGUUCACCACCUUCUGUUUCGCCCUUUCUAACUUUCCCCUUUUGAAGCCAGCUAGAGAGAAUUGUUCUACGAGGAAACAAGUGACAGGACGAGAUGAGUGGGGACAGCUGCUUCUCACCACUCCGACUGUUAGCCACGGCCUAGCCAGACACCUGGGCGUGCCAGGGCCUUUGCGGGGUGUUCCUUUGGAAGAGGAGGGCUCUCUGUCUUCACACUGGGAGUCCAGAUUAUUCCAGGGCUCUAUAAUGACUGCUACCUUUGAUGGUGCCCGGUACACUCGACUUGACCCGGUAACUCUUGCUGCCUUUGAAGAUUCAGGCUGGUAUCAAGUCAACUACAGUGCUGCGGAGGAGCUAUUGUGGGGUCAGGGCUCUGGACUAGAAUUUGGCCUGGUGAGCACAUGCAGGAAUGGAUCCUCAGACUUCUUCUGCACCCACAGUGGGCUGGGCUGCCACUACCUGCACCUGGACAAGGGGAGCUGCUCCUCGGACCCAACGCUAGAAGGCUGCCGCAUGUACAAACCCCUGGCCAGUGGGAGUGAAUGCUGGAAGGAGGAAAAUGGACUCCUCCCCAGAGCAGAGAACCCCCAUGGGGAGAUCUACCAUCUGCAGAGCCGUUGCUUCCUUGCCAACCUUACCUCCCAAGUGCUCUCCACAGACAAGGUCGGCCCAUCCUCCAUCACUCCCACAGGCCGUUGCUACUUACAUCAAUGCACACAGAGGGGAGCAUAUGAGGUGCAAGCUGAGGGGUCACCGUGGGUCCCCUGCCUUCCAGGAAAGGCUGUUCAGAUACCUGGAUACUACGGUCUUCUCUACUGUCCCCAAGGCCGGCUGUGUCUGAGUAACAAAGGCACCAAUGCCGCCACUUCUCCACCGACGACGAGGUUCCCAACCCAAGACCAGCUGUUCCAGCUGUCUUUAGGAUUAACUGGGACCCCAGGCCACUCUCUGGGGAAAGAGCAGAGAGGAGAGCUGGCUGAGCUAGUUCUGCAGGCUGUGGUGACAAGAGCUGGCACUAGCAGGUGCUAUUUCCACAGCCCAUCUAUCACCGCAAGUUUGGUGUUCACUGUAAGCAUGCGGAAGUCUCCAGGCUGCCAAGGGCCUUCCAUUGCUACACUAUACAGGACCCUGACUCUGACUUUUCAGGAGAAACCCCUCCAAGUACACCAUGGAGAAGCCAUUUUUACCACAGAAGACAGCAAGCCACCGACUUCCUGGGACCAUAACCUCUCUCUGACUGCCCGACUUCUAUCCACGGGAUUCUGCCUACUGUUGCUAAUUCUGGUGGGUGCACUGGGAACUCUGGCUUGUCAGAAACGAGCUACACUCCAAGUGGGACCAUCUACCACUUAA